GUGCGGGGGUUUAUUUUGCUUUGGGCCGCUCCGGCCGCCGCCAUUAGAGGAGCGCGGGCAGAGCCUCCCCCCCCCCGCCGCGCUGAGUGGGAGCGCCCGCGGCCGCGGCAGCCGCGGCGCCUCGGGAGAGACCAUGUCGUGAGCGGGGGGAGAGCGCGGGAGGGGGGGGGGGCGGCGCGGGGCGCAGGCGGCUCCCAGUGCUCCGAGCGUGUUCCUGAGGGACUGAGGGACGGAUCCCGGUGGAGAGGAAUAGUUAUCUGCUUAGUCUCAUCCUUGAUAUUUGGCAAUCUGAAGAAAAGGUCUGAGCCAGCAUGAAGACAGAAUCCCCUCUUCAUUAGAGAAAAACUUUCUGCCCGCCGCCGUUCAUUUCAAGGAGUGCACGAUGACAGAGCGUGGAAUUAAAUGGGCCUGUGAGUAUUGUACAUAUGAGAAUUGGCCUUCUGCAAUCAAGUGCACCAUGUGUCGUGCCCAGAGACCCAGUGGAACAAUUAUCACAGAAGAUCCUUUCAAAAGUGGCUCCAGCGACAUCGGGAGGGACUGGGAUCCUACGAGCACUGAAGGAGGGAGCAGUCCUUUGAUCUGCCCGGAUUCCAGUGCAAGACCAAGGGUUAAAUCAUCCUACAGUAUGGAAAGUGCAAAUAAAUGGUCGUGCCACAUGUGCACGUACUUGAACUGGCCAAGAGCUAUAAGGUGCACCCAGUGCUUGUCCCAGCGCAGGACCAGGAGUCCCACGGAGUCUCCUCAGUCCUCAGGCUCUGGCUCCAGACCUGUCCCUUUUUCCGUGGAUCCCUGUGAGGAGUACAAUGACAGAAAUAAACUAAACACAAGGGCUCAGCACUGGACUUGUUCUGUUUGUACAUAUGAAAACUGGGCCAAGGCCAGGAAAUGUGUUGUAUGUGACCACCCCAGACCCAACAACAUCGAAGCAAUAGAACUGGCAGACACAGAAGAGGCUUCUUCCAUCAUAAAUGAGCAAGACAGGGCUCGGUGGAGGGGCAGCUGUAGUAGUGGAAAUAGCCAAAGAAGAUCUCCACCAACAACCAAACGUGAAUCUGAUGUGAAAAUGGACUUCCAAAGAAUUGAAUUGGCUGGAGCUGUUGGCAGCAAGGAGGAGCUUGAAGUUGACUUCAAAAAACUAAAGCAAAUAAAAAAUAGAAUGAAAAAGACUGACUGGCUGUUCCUAAAUGCUUGUGUGGGAGUUGUGGAAGGUGAUUUAGCUGCUGUGGAAGCCUACAAGUCAUCUGGAGGGGACAUUGCCCGGCAGCUGACGGCCGACGAGGUGCGGCUGCUGAACCGCCCGUCCGCCUUCGACGUGGGCUACACCCUGGUGCACCUGGCCAUCCGCUUCCAGAGGCAGGACAUGCUGGCCAUCCUCCUCACUGAGGUAUCCCAACAUGCAGCCAAGUGCAUUCCUGCCAUGGUGUGUCCAGAGGUGACAGAACAAAUCCGCCGGGAAAUUGCUGCAUCUCUUCAUCAGCGGAAGGGAGACUUUGCUUGCUACUUUCUGACUGACCUUGUGACCUUUACAUUACCUGCAGAUAUUGAAGAUUUACCACCCACAGUCCAGGAAAAAUUAUUUGAUGAAGUACUUGACAGAGAUGUUCAGAAAGAGCUGGAGGAGGAGUCUCCCAUCAUUAACUGGUCCCUGGAGCUGGGGACCCGGCUGGACAGCAGGCUGUACGCGCUGUGGAACCGCACUGCCGGCGACUGCCUGCUGGACUCGGUGCUCCAGGCCACCUGGGGCAUCUACGACAAGGACUCCGUGCUGCGCAAGGCUCUGCACGACAGUUUACACGACUGCUCCCACUGGUUCUACACACGCUGGAAAGAGUGGGAAUCGUGGUAUUCCCAAAGCUUCGGUUUACAUUUCUCCUUGCGAGAGGAACAGUGGCAGGAGGAUUGGGCAUUCAUUCUCUCUCUUGCAAGCCAGCCUGGAGCGAGUUUGGAGCAGACACACAUUUUUGUACUUGCACAUAUUCUUAGAAGACCAAUUAUAGUUUAUGGAGUAAAAUAUUACAAGAGUUUUCGGGGAGAAACAUUAGGAUAUACCCGCUUCCAAGGUGUGUAUUUGCCUUUGCUAUGGGAACAGAGCUUUUGUUGGAAGAGUCCCAUAGCUCUGGGCUACACGAGGGGCCAUUUCUCCGCCCUGGUUGCCAUGGAGAACGAUGGCUAUGGCAAUCGAGGCGCUGGUGCUAAUCUCAACACUGACGAUGAUGUUACUGUUACUUUUCUACCCUUGGUGGACAGCGAGAGGAAAUUAUUGCACAUUCACUUCCUUUCUGCUCAAGAGAUCGGCAAUGAGGAGCAGCAGGAGAAGCUGCUGCGGGAGUGGCUGGACUGCUGCGUGACGGAGGGCGGGGUGCUGGUGGCCAUGCAGAAGAGCUCCCGCCGGCGCAACCACCCGCUGGUGACGCAGAUGGUGGAGAAGUGGCUGGACCGCUACCGGCAGAUCCGGCCCUGCACGUCCCUGUCGGACGGCGAGGAGGACGAGGACGACGACGACGAGUGAGGGCAAUAAAGAGAUUGAGCAGCGCAGGUGUGAGCGAGUGAGCCUUGGGCUGGAGCAGUGGGGGUGCAGCCACCCGUGGCUGGGGAUACAGGCUGGGAAGGAUUCUCCACAGCACGGGGACAGGAUGGACGCUCGUCCUGCUGCCGGGAGAGAGCCGAGUGGGCUGGACUACAGUUUGUAUAAAAACACAGAAAAGAAACAAAAAACAGCUAAUUUUAUUAUCAAGAUGGAAAAAAAAACCCACAAACCAACAAACCAAACCAACCCCAUUUUUCUUUCUGACUGUAAAUCUGUCUAUAAAUGUACCGCAUGUGGUUGUGUAAGAGGUUGUGUAAUAGGAAACGUAUACCAGCAUCUUAAUUAUUGCAGAGAAAUUUUUCAACUAAGGGCACUUCUGAAAGCACAUGUGAGCUGGAUGGAUAUCUCCUCCCUCUGAGAUUCUUUUACAGUAGAACCUGGUCUUCUCCAUCACCUUUUAGAUACUCUGACAUUUCCCUGAAAGGCCCUUUCCUGUGAAAUCUCACUAGUGCCCAGGUCAGAUUGUGAGAAGUUUUUUUUUUUUUUUUUUUUUUUUGUUUGCACAGAUAUCCACAGCAAGUCAUAAGCAAAAAUAUGUUCAUUAUUUUACUAAUAUUUUAGUUAUUGCUGAGCCCACAUAAUAAAGCCUAAACUCUACGGAACAAACUGGAAGAGAAGCUAAA